UUCCAAAAAUGGCAACAUUUGAGAUUUUAAUUAUGCUUCUUUCUAUGGCAUACUCUCAGAUGCACUUUAAGGGAAUGGAAAAGAAGGUGCACUCAAAUGGGAGGACCUUAUAUCACACACCAUUAGAGACAGCGUCUAUCUAUGGUAAUUCCACUCAACUUUACUAUUUUUACGUUCCAAUUCAUGUGGGAGACUUUGAUAAUCCUACUGAACAAUCAUUGAUAAUUGAUACUGGAAGUGGACUCACUUGUUUCCCUUGUAAGGAGUCAUGUCGUCGUUGAGGAAAGCAUUUACAUGAUUACUAUUCAAUUGAAAAUUCUCACACCAAUGAAAUUCUGAAAUGACAAGACCAUUCAUGUAGUUGCACUGACGGUGAUAAAUGCAAAUUCUCUAUUAGAUAUGGAGAGGGUAGCUCUUAUGAAGGAUACUGGGUUAAAGAUGAUGUCUAUUUUGGCGAUAAUUAUCACAGAGAAGAUAAACAAAAGUUCUUAUUUGGAUGUGUUACUGUUGAAACCCAUCUUUUCUACUCCCAAGCUGCGGACGGAAUAAUGGGACUAGGUAGAGGCCAUGGAGAAAUCAUGCCAAUUUAUCAGCAACUUUACGAACAAGGGCUUGUACAAUAUAAUGAAUUUACUCUUUGAUUGGGAACGGAUGGAGGAAAAUUUUCCAUUGGAGGAUAUGAUGAGUCGUUCUUGAUCCACCCUGAUCUUCCAAUUCAGUGGACUAAUUUGACAUCAAGUUCUAGGUUUUAUAUAAACAUUGCAUCUGUCUCAAUCGGAGAUGAGAAAAUAGAAAAAGCCCCAGUCUCAGCAAUGAUAGACUCAGGUACUACCUUUGCAUAUUUGAGCAAAACUCAACUUGCAGAGGUUGAUCGGGUCAUGACAAAAGUAUGAGGAGGAGAAAAAUUUAAUUGUCAAAAGUAUAGAUCUAAAACAAACUGUUACAAGUUUUCAUCUAGAGAUCAUAAAACUAAAAAGAAAUUCUUCGAAUCUUUUCCUGUCUUCAAAUUCGUAACUGGAGAUAAUGCUAUCAUAAAAUGGUUCCCAAGCGAUUAUUUCUAUCAAGUAGGACUAACAGAAUAUUGACUAGCUAUCGACCCAUUUGGAUCAGAUUCAAUGAUGAUCAUUGGUGGGUCAAUGAUGAGACAAAAUAUGUAUAUUUUUGAUAUGACUAACAACAAAGUUGGAAUAGCUCGUUCAAAAUGAUCCAAAGAUCCUGAUAUGUACAUCUACGACGAUGAAAAAUACCUCAACUCUGAGAUAAGAAUCCCAAAAGACACUCCUUCAGAGCCUCAAUCACCUUCAAGCACAACCUCUCCUCCUCAAGAGACCCCUCCUACAUUAACAAACCCUCCUGUUCCCUCAGAACCCACUGAAGAGCCUCCUACUCCUACCGAUCCUCCCACCUCUUCAGAACCUCCAACCUCAUCUGAACCUCCCUCUCCUCCAUCCCCACCCAUUCCCUCUCCUGAACCCUCUUCUUCCUCCCCUGGCCCCUCUCCAGAUCCCCCUAUUGGCCAAAUUCCCUCAACAGAUCCCUCCAAACCUCAAGAGCCUAGUACAAACAAAACAAUCACAAAGCCAGAGAAACCUUAUGAGUCCCAGUGCGAGAACUGUACUGGGAUUACAAAUUAUAACCACCUGGUUUUGUUCAUAAUUGUACUUGUGUCAGUACUUUUGCUAGUACUGGGCAUAGCCUGUUAUCAAAAAACUCAUAGUAGGAAUGCAGGACGAAUCAAGUUUCAUAACCAAGAAGUGGAUAUCUCAUCUCCUGUAAUACAUGAACCAAGGGACAGUCUCUCGAGAAAGACGCAGCCUGAGUAUUCAAUAGAAUAAAAUGUUCAAUAAUUAUUAA